AUGGCUCCCAUUUCUUCCUUCAUAUUCUUCCUCUUCUUUCCUCUCCUCACACUCUCCCUUCCCUCACCUUCGAAUUCUCCUCUCAUCCAGAAGACUUGUAACGUCACAACAAGCUACAAUCUUUGCGUCGCCACCCUCCAAUCUGAUCCCCGUAGCCUAAAAGCCGAUGACGAGAAGGCCUUGUUGACCAUCAUUAUCGGCAUCGCGAUCUCCGACGCCGCGAACACGUCCUCAUAUGUCUCUAGCCUGACCAAGAAGAACGCUGGAGCAACACUUAACUCGAUCCUACGAGCUUGCGGUGGGACGUACAGAAACGCCGGCGAGGCGCUUCGGUCGGCCGCCGAUGCACUGGCCGACGAGAACUACGACUACGCGUACGUGCAUGUGAGUGCAGCCAGGGAGUACCCAAGUACAUGCAGUAGAUUGUUCCGGAUGUACCCGAGACUGAAAUAUCCAACCAAGAUUGCUCAUAGGGAGGAGGGCUUGGAGCAAUUCUGUACCAUUGCAUUGGAUAUUGUCUCUCUGCUUGGUUAA